AAAUUCGAGGCGGAACCGGAACAAUUAGUUUUGAUCUUUGUAUGCAAAAUCAAGGACAUCGAUACGCUUGAGAUGCACAAAAUCAAGGACAAUCGAUGCUUUUGGUAAUUAUGGUAAUUCAUUCGUCAAUCGCGAGGUAAUAGUGAUGUUUGUGUAUGCGAUUGUAUAAUUCUUAACGGUCGAUAAAUGCAGCACUGAUUUAUAAUUGAAUCGAUAUCAGCUCUGGCGGUCACGCAGUUGGUAUCGUGGUCCUUCUUUAACUUUGCAUCUAACGUUCACUCAAAGGUACUAUCUUAUGUGAGAAUGUUUGCCCGUCAAAAAGAAUAAAAAUAAAAUUUCCAAGACGCAGAAUCUACCCAGUUAAAUACCCUGCCCACAUUUCUGCACGUAUCGGAAUAAAUAAAUUUUAAAUCAAAAGUACACAUUCCAGACAGAAGGUAUAACUAGAUAAGAAGCAUUAAUCAAACGAAAAUGCCUAUUGGAAACAUUAUUAAGAAAGCAUCAAACUUUAUUCUGGGUGAAGAGAGGUCAAAUGAAAAAAUCGAUAUCGCUUACGAAGACAAUGAAAUUCUUUUUUGCAAGAACAAUGUGUGCAUUCAUCCGCCAACUGUGGCGCGUCAGGAAUCGGAUAUUCUGCACUAUCCAGGCUACUUGACCUGUACCACGAAAACUUUCAUAGAUCAGUACAACAGCGCCAAGAGACCAACGCUCCUAUUAACUUGGAUUCCGAACUCUUCGCUCUGCAAAUGCAAUUCGACGGGCAGCGAGAAUGGGGAACAUACGAUUGGCUAUCGUAACCACGAGAUAAUGCCUUCGAAUGGACACUUUACACCGAGUAUAUCGCAGGUAGCGGUGUCAGUGCCCAAAAUAACGGAUACGGAUGCGGAGCAAGAGCUAGGCACGCGAGUGGAAGAGGAAAACGCUGCCGAGAUGCAAGAGUUAAAGAACGAACUGCAGCCCUUGCUGGGCGGACAGACGGCAUCGAUUGGUGACCUAACGGCGCUGCUUAAGAAGCAUCCGAUUACGUCGGUGAAUAUAACUAUAUCGAAUCCACAGAUUGAGAACAGCAACAUCUCGCAGUCAUAUAAUUGCAUCAUUUCCUCGCCCGACGAAAUCACCGAUGUCAACAAUGUUGUUGCAGAUGGUCGCGCUGAUCAUACGCCGCAUCAACUUAACUCAGAUGGCUCGGUAUCCGAUGACAACAACCCUAACUGGAUGACGCCGGAACUUUUGGCCUUUAAACACAAUCUGGUUUUCCCCGAGAGCGCCAACGCAACGCCAACAGUGCGCCGUAGAGCUUUAAUUCGGGGACGUCGUUUCUCCGUUGACCUUAGUCAGAUGCGCUCGUUGCGCCUAUUCUUUAACGAUGAUAAGUGCACAUCGGGACAACUGGUGAUUGCGUCGAGGGAAUCACAAUACAAGAUUCUUCAUUUUCAUUAUGGUGGCUUGGACCAUUUGGCACAGGUAUUGCACCAGUGGCAUUGUUUCCUACACAAUAUCACUCUCUCGCCGGGUCAAGAGAAGAUGAAUUUACCGUAUCGACACUUUAUGGUUUGUCGCCCUGAAGUCAAACAAUCGGAAAUGCAUCCCGAUGAGGGCAAUGUGAAGAGAAUUACCACCAAUUUUUUUUACGGCACGUUGUUAAACGAAAAGGGUCAAAUCGAUGAUGACUUGUUACUGCGGAAGUGUGUCUUCUUUGGCGGCCUGGAGAAGAGUUUGCGGAAAACAGUUUGGCCCUUCAUUUUGAAGUGCUACUCAUUCUCAUCGACCUUUGAAGACCGAGCCGUGCUCAUGGACAUUAAACGGCAGGAAUACGAUGAAAUCACACGCAAGCGUCUGUAUUCCAUGUCACCGGAGCAGCAGGCACAAUUUUGGCGAACCGUACAGUGUGUUGUCGAAAAAGACGUGGUCCGCACCGAUCGUACAAAUCCUUUUUUCUGUGGCGACGACAAUCCCAAUACCGAAAUGAUGAAGAACAUUCUGCUCAACUUUGCCAUCUACAACCCGAGUAUCUCCUACUCACAGGGCAUGAGUGACCUCUUGGCACCCGUGUUGUGCGAGGUGCAAAACGAAUCGGAAACAUUCUGGUGCUUUGUGGGUCUAAUGCAACGAGCAUUCUUUGUUUGUACUCCAACGGAUAACGAUGUCGACCAUAAUCUCAGCUACCUUCGCGAAUUGAUAAGACUAAUGCUGCCGCGUUUCUACGAACAUUUGCAACGACACAACGAGGCAAUGGAGCUGCUGUUUUGCCAUCGAUGGCUAUUGUUAUGCUUUAAGCGGGAAUUCACCGAGGCCGUGGUCAUACGAAUGUGGGAGGCUUGCUGGUCAAACUAUCUCACAGACUACUUUCAUUUGUUCCUAUGCCUGGCCAUCAUCGCUGUGUAUGCCGAUGAUGUCAUUGCUCAGAAUUUACGUGCUGACGAGAUGCUGUUACAUUUUAGCUCGUUAGCUAUGUAUAUGGAUGGCCAAUUGAUACUGCGUAAGGCUCGAGGAUUGCUGUAUCAGUAUCGACAGCUCCCAAAGAUUCCAUGCACAUUAAGCGGCUUAUGUAAACGAUGUGGACCUGGCAUGUGGGACUCUGAGCAUCGACCUGCGCUUGAGUGCGUCGGUCACACAGAUAACGAGAAGUGCUCCUUGCGUAUUGAUUAAUUUAUGUGGCUUCAAGUUAAUCUUAUAUAGUGCAUACAUACAUAUAUAUAUAUAUAUAUAAUAUACUAUUGCAAUUAUGUGUUAAUGGCGAUUGAUAAAUGCUUUUGAUCGAGUGCUUUUAAAUAUACAUACCUACAUACUACAAUAUACCUAUGCCUAAUAAA